UCACACGUGUUGGCUUCAUCAUUACUGGGCCAGUAAUCAGGACGAUGAAGUAUGAGGGCAUGAUGGAACUUUCAGCAAUGUUACCACUCCUACUGACCUGGAGUCAGUUCAUCGCUUCUUAUGGAAUCACAGUCAAUCCUCCUGUUAAUUUAGAGGUGACAGACCCUGGACACCUCGGUCAGCUUCAUAUACACUGGACACUUCCAGCAAGCCUGGAGAAUCUGACUGAUUGUUUAGUACGAUUCCAGCUCCAGUACUUCAACACUUAUGAAGAUACAUGGGCGAUAAUUAGGACCACGCAGCUGAGCUACAGCGCCCAGUUUGACCUGGAGAAGGAUGCACAUGUUAGAGUCAGCACCUUGCUGAGAGGGCCUUGUGUCAAUGGCUCAGAGGUCCAGAGCUUACCAGUGGAGGCGGUCCUGAAGCCCCAUCGCAAAGGGCCAAUGGGCUCAAAAGUCAAAGGUCUCAGCUGUAUCUUUUACCAGAAGGAGUACAUGGAAUGCACCUGGGAAAAGGGGGACAAGGAGCUUCCCCAUCCCCAGUACCGCCUGUUCUACUGGCACAGGGGAAUGCAGCAGGCGAUGGAGUGUCCAGGGUAUAUGUACUUACACGGAGCCCGGACUGGCUGCAGCUUCCCCUGGGAUUCGCUCAUGGAGUUCACAGACUUCAACAUCUGUGUCAAUGGCUCCUCUUCGCACGGCCCUGUCAGGCCGGCCUACUUCACCCUGCAGAUACAAGAUCACGUUAAGCCAGCAGCCAUUAAGACUCUGAGCCUGGAGGCUCUGCCCAGUGGAUACCUCCACUUGGAAUGGACCUUGUCCGCAGGAAAAAUCUCCGACAUCUGCUUGGAGUAUGAGGUGGAGUCCAGGCACAAGGGCUUAUUUGGGGAAUUACUGAGGAAUAUCACCAGGGAGACGACCUUGACCUCCCUCAGCAUGGAUCAGGGCAGGACUCACUGCUUCCGGGUCAGAUCCAGAGUGCACCAGUUCUGUGCUGACAGCAGCUUCUGGAGUGAGUGGAGCCAGCCAUCCUGCCUGUCAGGUACAACGCGGCGAAGCCAAACAGCCACGGAUGCCCUGCACGCCUCCGUCUCUCUCAUAGAAGUGGAGGAGGCAUACAAUCCCACAAAGGAGACCAUCCUGCUGUGCACGCUGGCCAUCUCUGUGAUUGCGGUCUUCACCCUCUCUCUCUGUCUCUGGAACGUCAGGAGAACGCUGAAGAUCCACAAAGGGAAGAAGGGUGUGUUCUUCUUUCCCUAUGGACCAAAGGGAGAUUUCACCAGUCCUUCUAUGGACGCAAAUGCAGUCUACGCUUAGAAAUAAACUGUUCAGUUUUUUUUUUCC